AUGAUCAUGUUUCAUCAUCAACAUCUGAUAUUAGAUAACGUUACGUUGUUUUACAACUUGAGCUCCACGUCAAUUUGCGUCAUGAAUCACACGUCAACUCAUUUUCUUAAAAUUGCACCGAUCAAUGACGACAGUUUAUCAACUGAAAAUAAUAAAAUUGAAGGCAUUCCAAGAAAAUAA